AUGACGACCGAUCUUCAAGCCACGAACCCGUCUCUCUAUCCCGAGCAAGUCACUCAAGUGAUCGUACCUGCUACGAUAGAGCCUAUCCGAACUAAAAAUCUGUACCUUCGGACUCUCGACGUAAAAGAUGCGGUGGAUCUUUUUGAAUAUCGACGCCUGCAGAAGGUAGCAGACUGGCUAUGGCCAAAAAUCCCUCACAGAGACAUCUCCGAGACAGAAGCAAAAAUCAAGACCAAGACAUUCCAAACACCCGAUGCAUCUGGUGCUAUCGGGCGACAAUUCCAUUUUGCUAUUAUCCGCGCCGACGACCCAGCUCAAAAGGUCAUUGGUUCACUAGGCAUAAAUGCGCUCGAUCCAUCACCUUCGAUCGGAUACGGCAUUCACCCUGACUUCUGGGGCAAAGGGUAUAUCAGCGAGGCGGUUGCUGGUGUCAUUGACGCGUGGUGGAAGCUCGAGAGGAAAGAUAUUGAGGGCUUGGGCGAGACAGAGAAGUUGUAUGCUGCAUGUAAUAAAGCAAAUAUUGGAAGCCUGAGGGUGCUGCAGAAGAAUGGGUUCGAAAUUCUCCAGGAGACUCACAUAGAAGGGGAUGUGGUAGCUUUACUGGGGUUGGAAAGACCCCAGUGA